CUCUAUAGUCCAGACCAAUUUAUGCAAUUAUUCCCCUCCAUUGCUUGUCUGCAUCUGCACAAAAACCUCGAGUACCCGGCGCCUCACUCUUAUAUUGCUCCUAUCCCCACCACACCCUCCUCCGGUUCUUGCUCCUGCACUCCCUGAACCUUCAGGGGAACAGCCAGCUGCCAGCCUCCUGAUACAAGGGGCGUGAGGGGGGAAAAAUGGGGGAGGUCACGGUCACGAAUGUCACCGAGUACCAGGCCAUCGCCAAGCAGAAGCUCCCCAAGAUGAUCUACGACUACUACGCCUCCGGCGCCGAGGAUGAGUGGACGCUCCAGGAGAACAGGGAGGCCUUCGCCAGGAUCUUGUUCCGCCCGCGCAUACUGAUCGACGUAUCCAAGAUUGACAUGACCGCAAAUGUUCUGGGAUUCAAGCUCUCAAUGCCCAUCAUGAUUGCCCCCUCUGCUAUGCAGAAGAUGGCUCACCCAGAUGGAGAGUAUGCAACUGCCCGCGCAGCAUCAGCAGCAGGCACUAUAAUGACAUUGUCGUCCUGGGCCACUUCAAGCGUCGAGGAGGUUGCCUCAACCGGACCAGGGAUCCGUUUCUUCCAACUCUACGUGUACAAAAACAGGAAGGUGGUGGAGCAGCUUGUGAGGAGAGCCGAAAAGGCUGGGUUCAAGGCGAUAGCGCUCACCGUGGACACUCCACGGCUUGGCCGCAGGGAAGCUGACAUCAAGAACAGAUUUGUUUUGCCGCCAAAUUUAACACUGAAGAACUUUGAAGGUUUGGACCUGGGGAAAAUGGACCAGGCCAACGAUUCCGGGCUGGCUUCCUACGUCGCCGGGCAAAUCGACCGCACCCUGAGCUGGAAGGAUGUGAAGUGGCUGCAGACGAUCACGACGCUGCCGAUCCUGGUGAAGGGUGUGAUCACGGGGGAGGACGCCCGGCUGGCGGUGGAGAACGGCGCGGCGGGGAUCAUCGUGUCCAACCACGGCGCCCGGCAGCUGGACUACGUGCCGGCCACCAUCAGCGCCCUGGAGGAGGUGGUCCAGGGCGCCGCCGGCCGGCUCCCCGUCUUCCUCGACGGCGGCGUCCGCCGCGGCACCGACGUCUUCAAGGCCCUCGCCCUCGGCGCCGCCGGCGUCUUCAUCGGGAGGCCGGUGGUGUUCUCGCUGGCGGCGGCGGGGGAGGCCGGGGUGAGCAACGUGCUCAAGAUGCUCAAGGACGAGUUCGAGCUCACCAUGGCGCUCAGCGGCUGCAGCUCCCUCGCCGACAUCACCCGCAACCACGUCGUCACCGAGGCCGAGAAGCUCGGCGUCAUGCCCUCGCGCUUGUAAAUUCAUUCAUCAAUAACCAAACCAAAUCACCAUGGCGCCGCCGUCGUCGCCGGGCGGCGUCGGCCGUAUAAAGAACUACAGAUGCAGAUCAUGGAGGAUGCUGUAAUUAAGUUUCGGACCGGCCGGACAUAUCACAUAUGUUUGCAACAUUAUGAUGCCAUAUAUCGAUCAAACAUAAACAAGCAUGAUUACAUUA